GCUCUCUGAGUAUUUCAAAAUUUCUUUUACUAUACAUUUCGCUAAAAUAGAUAGAAAUUUACGGUAUGAAUCUCAUGUGAUAGGCACAUGACAUAAUAAACGAACAGCGAACGGAUCCGGAUACACAGAGCAGUUGAGAGCCGCUUUCUCCUACGCACCUCUCCGUUCUUCCAAAGAUCCUCUCUACCCAGGAGGAGACUUCAGAGAUGUCGGGGUCGGCCAUGGAGAAAGCCAUUGAGCUGGUGAAGAAGGCGACAGAUGCAGAUCAGGAACAGAAGUACGAGGAAGCUCUUCCACUCUACGAGCACGCCAUCGACUAUUUCCUACAUGCCCUCAAAUACGAGGCACAUGGGGAAAGGUCAAAGGACAGUAUACGGUCAAAGUGCACACAGUACCUCGAGAGAGCGGAGCAGUUGAAGAAGUAUGUGAACAAGAAGAGCAAGAAGGUCCAUGGCAGUAGUGGUGGGACCGCUCACAAGGAGACCAAGAAGGGGGACAAGAAAGGAGGCGAUGAUAGCGACAGUGAUGAAGCAGAUGCUGAGAAAACCAAACUCAAGUCUCAACUGGAAGGUCAGUGAAUAUUCUCAAGUACAUGCAUGCACAGAGCUGACACUAGAGAAAUGGUAUUUGGACUCAUGGUAAUAUACAAUAUACAAUGCCCAAAUUUUCGCAAGUUCUGGACAAAUUUCAUUACACAGCGUCAGAGGGAGAGAAGUUUAUGAACUGUAAUUAUGCAUCUUUUCAUUCCAUCCCGCCCACAGAAUUGUGGGGAGCGAUAGUGGCAGAGAAGCCCAAUGUCCGCUGGGACGACAUCGCCGGUCUCAACGUUUGCAAGGACGCACUUAAAGAGACGGUCAUAAUGCCGGUCAAGUUCCCUCACCUGUUCACGGGGAAGAGAAAGCCCUGGAGAGGCAUCCUUCUCUAUGGGCCUCCAGGCACGGGGAAGUCCUAUCUAGCCAAGGCAGUCGCGACGGAGGCCGACUCCACCUUCUUCUCCAUCUCCUCCUCUGACCUCGUCUCCAAGUGGCUCGGGGAGAGCGAGAGACUCGUGAAGAAUCUCUUUGAGUUGGCGCGGACCAACAAACCAGCCAUCAUCUUCAUCGACGAAGUUGACUCCCUCUGCAGUUCGCGGUCGGACUCAGAAAACGACGCCACUCGCCGCAUCAAGACAGAGUUCCUGGUCCAGAUGCAGGGGGUCGGGGUGGACAACGACGGAAUCCUCGUUCUGGGGGCCACAAAUAUCCCCUGGGGGCUCGACGCCGCCAUCCGACGUCGCUUCGAGAAACGCAUCUACAUCCCGCUCCCCGAGGAGUCACCACGACGACGCAUAUUCGAGAUACACAUAGGCAACACGGCGCACGCUCUGACACCAAAUGACUUCACGCAGCUGGCCCGGCGUACCGACGGCUACUCUGGUGCAGACAUUGGUAUCGUAGUCCGAGACGCUCUAAUGAUGCCAAUACGGAAGGUCCAAACUGCCACCCACUUCAAGCAGGUGACCGGCCAAAACCCCCAGAACCCCGAAGAGAUAGUAAACGACCUUUGGACUCCGUGCGGUCCUCGCGAACCCGGAGCGACCGAGCUGAACUGGAUGUCCAUACAAAGCGACAAGCUAAAGGAGCCUGCGCUCACCAUCUCAGAUUUUCUCAAGGCGCUACAAAACAACCGCCCCACGGUAAAUUCGGACGAUUUGAAACGGUUUGAAGACUUCACGAGUGACUUUGGACAGGAGGGAUAGCUAUGGUUGUGUAUGUGCACUGCCUCCCACUAUCCCUCUGUCUAUCUAGGUCAAUGUGUUGUAUACUUAAUAAUAUAAUCCCGAGUGGUUGUGCCAGAAUGCAUGAUUCUGUGAGGGAAACUAAAAUUGUAGUGUUGUCGUUUACCUUUUGUGUGUGUUUGUAUGUCACAAUGUUUCCAUUUCUCUUUCUGAAUCUUUAUACUGAUGUUAAUCAUUGUAUUACUGUAUACAUACAUGUACAAUUAUUCUCAAGAACAUUAUUUUUAACAAAACAGUCUCUCUCUGGUGCGUUACUAGUCAGCAAACUCACAGUUUUGCACAUAAAAAGUAAGAGGUUCAAAAAAAUCCAGCAGUGCAGGGGAAAUUGGGGGAACAAGGUGCUACAGUACACAGCCACAUUGACUAUAAUGUUGUAACGUCAGCCGUAGAACGAAAAAUCAUCGGCCUUUCAUCCCACAUGCAUUCAGAGCCUCAUUCAGUCCAGCAGAGAAUGUGUCCACCCCUCCAGACACAAGACCUUGGAACUCCUUUGAAGCUUUGCCAAAGGUGUUGGCGUCUUCCAUUCUGCGAUGAAGGAACUUCCACGUCUCCUGGAAGUCGACCGAAGUGUCCUGCACCAUGAAGACCUCUGUCGGGCACACAAGCAGACAGGGGGAUAAGAUUGUGAAGCUAUUACGUAACUAUUUCAAAACAGUGUCAACAGUCAACCAUUGCAAUAUGAGUGUGCAGGUACACCUCCAUUGCUGAAUUGCGGAUUAUGUAAUCGAGGCAUUAUGCAUGUGUUUGAAGUUUUGGCCAGCCAGUGGCGUGCUGCGCAGCAACCAACUCCCUACAUAG